GCCAUUCCACGCUCACGCGAGCCGACUAUAACACAAGUGCAAAGGAAAACAGCAAUGCCUGGAAUUCUGUUGGGAGACGUGUUACCUAACUUUGACGCAGAGACUACAAUCGGCAAGAUCAAAUUUCAUGAAUUCUUGGGAAAUUCGGACAUAGUGUCGUUUAACCAAGACAAAACCUGCUGUCCCGUGCCUUUCCCCAUCAUAGCCGAUGACAAGAGGGAGUUAUCGGUCUUACUGGGGAUGCUGGACCCUGAUGAGAGGGAUAAAGAUGGGAUGCCCCUCACUGCCCGCUGUGUGUUUGUUGUUGGCCCAGAUAAGAGGCUGAAGCUGUCCAUUCUCUAUCCAGCCACUACUGGGCGCAAUUUCGAUGAGAUCCUCCGUGUCAUAGACUCUCUGCAGCUGACUGCAACAAAGAAGGUGGCCACACCUGUGGACUGGAAGCCUGGUCAAGAAGUCAUGGUCAUCCCUUCUUUGUCAGAUGAAGAAGCCAACAAACUUUUCCCAGCAGGUUUUACCCUCAAAGAGGUGCCUUCUGGGAAAAAAUACAUGCGCUACACUAAACUGUAACUGAUAUAUUGGGGCAGUACUGUAGAAAUGGCAUUUAACUAACAUCAUAUUUAAGUCCAAUUGAUGUGGUGCAUUCUCUGAC